UCUCCACCUUCUCCGCCUCCUCCUCCUUGGUUACCAUUGCCUCCACCGCCUCCAUUUCCUCCAUCUCCACCUUCUCCGCCGCCUCCUCCUUGGUUACCAUUGCCUCCUCCUUGGUUACCAUUGCCUCCACCGCCUCCAUUUCCUCCAUCUCCACCUUCUCCGCCUCCUCCUCCUUGGUUACCAUUGCCUCCACCGCCUCCAUUUCCUCCAUCUCCACCUUCUCCGCCUCCUUCUCCUUGGUUACCAUUGCCUCCUCCUUGGUUACCAUUGCCUCCACCGCCUCCAUUUCCUCCAUCUCCACCUUCUCCGCCUCCUCCUCCGCCUCCACCGCCUCCAUUUCCUCCAUCUCCACCUUCUCCGCCUCCUCCUCCUUGGUUACCAUUGCCUCCACCGCCUCCAUUUCCUCCAUCUCCACCUUCUCCGCCGCCUCCUCCUUGGUUACCAUUGCCUCCUCCUUGGUUACCAUUGCCUCCACCGCCUCCAUUUCCUCCAUCUCCACCUUCUCCGCCUCCUCCUCCUUGGUUACCAUUGCCUCCACCGCCUCCAUUUCCUCCAUCUCCACCUUCUCCGCCUCCUUCUCCUUGGUUACCAUUGCCUCCUCCUUGGUUACCAUUGCCUCCACCGCCUCCAUUUCCUCCAUCUCCACCUUCUCCGCCUCCUCCUCCUUGGUUACCAUUGCCUCCACCGCCUCCAUUUCCUCCAUCUCCACCUUCUCCGCCUCCUUCUCCUUGGUUACCAUUGCCUCCUCCUUGGUUACCAUUGCCUCCACCGCCUCCAUUUCCUCCAUCUCCACCUUCUCCGCCUCCUUCUCCUUGGUUACCAUUGCCUCCUCCUUGGUUACCAUUGCCUCCACCGCCUCCAUUUCCUCCAUCUCCACCUUCUCCGCCUCCUCCUCCUUGGUUACCAUUGCCUCCACCGCCUCCAUUUCCUCCAUCUCCACCUUCUCCGCCUCCUCCUCCUUGGUUACCAUUGCCUCCACCGCCUCCACCGCCUCCUUCGCCUCCAUUUCCUCCAUCUCCACCUUCUCCGCCGCCUCCUCCUUGGUUACCAUUGCCUCCUCCUUGGUUACCAUUGCCUCCACCGCCUCCAUUUCCUCCAUCUCCACCUUCUCCGCCGUCUCCUCCUUGGUUACCAUUGCCUCCACCGCCUCCAUUUCCUCCAUCUCCACCUUCUCCGCCGCCUCCUCCUUGGUUACCAUUGCCUCCACCGCCUCCAUUUCCUCCAUCUCCACCUUCUCCGCCGUCUCCUCCUUGGUUACCAUUGCCUCCACCGCCUCCAUUUCCUCCAUCUCCACCUUCUCCGCCUCCUCCUCCUUGGUUACCAUUGCCUCCUCCUUGGUUACCAUUGCCUCCACCGCCUCCAUUUCCUCCAUCUCCACCUUCUCCGCCUCCUCCUCCUUGGUUACCAUUGCCUCCACCGCCUCCACCGCCUCCUUCGCCUCCAUUUCCUACAUCUCCACCUUCUCCGCCGCCUCCUCCUUGGUUACCAUUGCCUCCACCGCCUCCAUUUCCUCCAUCUCCACCUUCUCCGCCGCCUCCUCCUUGGUUACCAUUGCCUCCACCGCCUCCAUUUCCUCCAUCUUCACCUUCUCCACCGUCUCCUCCUUGGUUACCAUUGCCUCCACCGCCUCCAUUUCCUCCAUCUCCACCUUCUCCGCCGCCUCCUCCUUGGUUACCAUUGCCUCCACCGCCUCCAUUUCCUCCAUCUCCACCUUCUCCGCCUCCUCCUCCUUGGUUACCAUUGCCUCCACCGCCUCCAUUUCCUCCAUCUCCACCUUCUCCGCCGCCUCCUCCUUGGUUACCAUUGCCUUCACCGCCUCCAUUUCCUCCAUCUCCACCUUCUCCGCCGCCUCCUCCUUGGUUACCAUUGCCUCCACCGCCUCCAUUUCCUCCAUCUCCACCUUCUCCGCCGCCUCCUCCUUGGUUACCAUUGCCUCCACCGCCUCCACCGCCUCCA